CAAGAGCUGCUGGCCGGAUGGGUCUCUGCAAGUCCAAGCUGCCCGAGAUGGGCAGGGCUCUGAGGCCCCAGGAGAAGGGGCAUCAUCCCAGAUAUGGUCAGUGACAACAUGUUGGCCCACCCGGAGAGCUGGGGCUUCCUCAUCAAUGGCUUUCCCCGGGAGGUGAAGCAGGCCAUGGAGUUUGAGCGCAUCGUGGGCCGGGCCCCCAGUGUCGUCAUCGUGUUUGACUGCUCCAUGGAGACGAUGCUCCGACGAGUGCUACACUGGGGCCAGGUGGAGCACCGGGCAGACGACUCGGAGCUGGCCAUCCACCAGCGCUUGGACACGCACUAUACCUUGUGUGAGCCGGUCUUGACCUUCUACCAGCGCAAUAACCUGCUCCGAAACAUCCCGGCAGAGGAAGCACCAGAGAACAUCUUUGCCAAGUGCUGCUCUGUCAUUGAGAGUCUGCAGUGA